UUCGUUUACAGAUCCGGCUAACCUAAUAUUUGAGUUUGAUUCGUUGUCAGUUGUUCACAAUGUUUGUUCGAUAAUUUCCUAUUCAACUUGGUUUGCAGUUACAUAACGUGUCUCAAAAAUUUUGCAAGAAAAACUUCUGGUAAAAAUACAUAAGUAAUUAUACGAUAGUAAAAUGGGAAGGAAAGCAACUUUCGCCGUUUCUACCCUGAACCAAUGGGCUCUGGACUUUGAUGGUAACAAGGAGAGGAUUUUUGAGAGUAUUCUUGAAGCAAUUGAUGCAGGUGCAGCCUUUCGAACUGGUCCUGAAUUGGAGAUUUGUGGUUACAGCUGUGAAGACCACUUUUAUGAAAGUGACACAUUUUUACAUAGUUGGGAAGUACUAGCAGAUUUGCUGAAGGCUCCAAGAUGUAAGAACAUUAUAGUUGAUGUUGGAAUGCCAGUUAUGCACAAAAAUACAGCUUACAACUGUAGAGUACUCUUUCUUAAUCAAAAAAUACUUUUAAUUAGACCCAAAUUAAUGAUGUGUGAUGGAGGAAACUAUCGGGAGACAAGAUGGUUUUCUGGUUGGAAAAAGGUACGACAAGUUGAGGAUUUCUUUUUGCCGCGGAUGAUUGCUAAAAUAACUGGUCAGACAAUAGUGCCUUUUGGUGAUGCAGUUCUGUCAACAAUUGAUACUUGUAUUGGGUUUGAAAUUUGUGAGGAGUUAUGGAAUCCACAUAGUCCACAUAUUGAAAUGGGUUUGGAUGGAGUGGAGAUUUUUGUGAACAGCUCAGGCAGUUAUACAGAGUUGAGGAAGGCUUAUGUUGUCUGUGAUUUGGUAAAGAGUGCCACAUUUAAAUCAGGAGGAUGUUACUUGUUCAGUAACUUGAGAGGUUGUGAUGGACAAAGAGUAUAUUUCAAUGGAGGUUCAUGUAUUGCUUUGAACGGUGAUUUGUUGAACUAUGCCAAGCAAUUUUCAUUGCAGGAUGUUGAAGUGACAACUUCUACGAUUGAUUUGGAAGAUAUUCGUACGUAUCGUAACAGUUUGCGUUCGAGAAGCGCUAUGAGUUCGGCGAGCCCCGCUUAUCCUAGAAUUCAAGUUGACUUUUCAUUGUCUGGUGAUGAUGAUGCUAUGCUACCUAUAGCGAUGCCAAUUGAAUGGAAUUAUUUGCGCCCAGAAGAGGAAAUUGCACAAGGUCCUGCUUGUUGGCUGUGGGAUUACCUUCGUCGUUCAGGUCAAGGUGGCUUUUUCCUUCCUUUGAGUGGUGGUGUUGAUUCAAGCAGCACAGCUUUAAUUGUGUAUUCAAUGUGUAACAUGAUAGUGAAAGCAGUUCAAACGGGUGACUGCAAAGUCCGUGCGGACAUUCGAAGAAUCCUGGCUAAUCCUGAAUACAUUCCGGCAUCCGCCUCCGAAUUAUGUCAACGUCUUUUGGUAACAUGUUACAUGGGUACUACAAACUCGACGAAAGAGACAAAACAUCGCGCAGCCACCUUAGCCGCGCAAAUUGGGAGUCAUCACAUGGUUAUAACUAUUGAUUCAGUUGUUAGUUCGGUUCUAGCAAUAUUUAGUUCAGUGACGGGAUAUUUUCCUAAAUUUGAUAAUCAAGGUGGUUGUCCAAGACAAAACAUUGCUCUGCAAAAUAUCCAAGCUAGACUGCGAAUGGUUCUAUCGUAUUUAUUUGCGCAAUUGAUGUUGUGGGUGAGAGGUAGGCCCGGUGGGUUGUUGGUUUUAGGAUCAGCCAACGUUGAUGAAGCUCUGAGGGGAUACAUGACAAAAUACGAUUGCUCCAGCGCUGAUAUUAAUCCUAUUGGUGGCAUUUCAAAAACUGAUCUGCGUUCGUUCUUAAAUUAUUUUAAAGAUCAGUUCAAAAUUUCAAUCAUUGCGGAUAUAGUGAAAGCACCCCCAACGGCUGAAUUGAAGCCUUUGAUUGAAGGUCAACUAGCACAAACUGACGAGCAGGAAAUGGGCAUGACCUAUGCCGAGUUAAGUGCCUUUGGUAAAUUACGGAAGCAGCAAUAUUGUGGACCUUAUUCAAUGUUCUGCAAACUCACACAGACCUGGUCGACUACAUACACUCCAAGGGAAGUUGCUGAGAAAGUUAAACACUUCUUCAGGUUAAUUAUGUCUGAUGAACAUUUCUGGUUACUGGUGGUUAAUUCUUUAUUUUUCUUCAGAUGUUAUGCUAUCAACAGACACAAAAUGACUGUGCUAACACCUUCCUAUCACGCAGAAGCGUACAGUCCUGAUGAUAAUAGGUUUGAUCAUCGUCCAAUUUUGUAUCGUGCAAGUUGGUAUUGGCAGUUCAAAGCAAUAGAUUCAUUGGUGGAUAAUGGUCAAGUGAAACGGACAACUUCUAGUGGAGGGCCUAACAAACGGCAAGAGCUCUCAAAACAACGGCCGGGUGUGCCUGUGUAGAUGAUAUUAAUUAGUUUGUUACAUACUUUUUUAUUUAUAUUUUAAAAUCACUGCUCUAGCUGCCCUUAGAUAUUUUAAAUAUAUAAUAGAUGAUAGAAGUGACUCGUGUUCAGGGCACAGUAUGAGGGUAGCGGUAGAAGUGACUCGUGUUACCAGCACCGUAUGAGGGUAGCGGUAGAAGUGACUUGUGUUCAGAGCACCGUAUGAGGGUAGCGGUAGAAGUGACUCGUGUUCAGGGCACUUUACGUGGAUAAAUGUAUAACUGACUCUCAUUCGCUCAUUUUUUCUUAUGAAUUAAAAUUUUAUCUCUUAGAUUUCCAACUUAACUGUCUUAUUUGAUAGAGAAUUGUCCGUAUAUUAAGAAUUUGCGAUUCGUUUCUUUCUGUCUCUUUUAGUUUACGAGAUAUUCGCAAUUGAAAUAAAUAGCCAAAAAUUAAAAAUUGAAA